AAUAUCUUAUCCCUAGUCUAAGGUGGUUUAUCUUCAUGAGUAGUUGAAUACUUUUUCCUCUUAGAUGGAGGAAGACCGGCUAUGUUUUGUGGGAUACCCAUCUCAGCCAGUGCACCUCUCAUUUGAUGCAGCUUAUCUUUAAAUCUCUUCUUAUUUUUCUCUUUGGCUGAAGUCCUACUGAGAUGGUGAUCAUUUGUACAUCCUUGAAUACCUUUUCUUUGCACUUCACUGAUUGAAACUAAAAACUCUUGCAGAAAAUUGGAUAUGUUAGAAGAAGUAGAUGCUUUCUCUCUCAUAUGAGACGAGGAUGAACAAACUUCUUUCCCAUUACCAUUACCAUUUCCAUACUACCAAUCACCCGACGUUUGUUUUAAGUACCUUCAAUCCUCUUCUCCUUCUCCCUCCAAACUUGAUGUGAAGGUUUUAAGGAGGAUUAAGGUGACAUCUAGUAUAAGAAUGGCCAAAGGAAUUACAUUAAAAUAUUAAAUACAUGCUUGGGAUGCAAAGUUUUUGCGAAAAUCAGUCAACUCAUAUUUUGAGAAGCUUCAUCAAGGUACGAAGGCCUUCCUAAUACACUUCCCAAAAAGCAAAGCCCAUCCUUAUGCCAAAAGCUUAGGUCUGGCAAAUAAGAGAAUUGUAUAAGUGCUGUCAUGCAAGUAGUUUCUGUUUUCUCGUACAUCGUGGGAAGUAGUUGACAUGGAAUGAAAGUUACCUCUGGAAAGCUCUUUAGCAACUUGUUAAAAAAAAGGCAGAACAGUAAGCUUGUUAUGAGUCCGAACUGCCGAAAUUUUUUGAACAGAGUAAAAAGGUUUGUCUUGAGACCGAAAUUUUCCUUUGUUUGAGGUGAUCUCUUCUCCCUCAAGGCAGACACUGCUUAUCACUCUUAUGAUGGUGUCAGACGAGACGUGUUUGAAACUUAAGUUCAUGGCGACAUAGCGUUAUUUAACUCUCAAAGUACGUGCAAGGAAUAUCAUUCUUCAACAGCAGCACAUUAAUAUGGGCCAGGGCCAGCCGUUGAUGGUCUGGUACUGGGCAGACUACAAAAAACGGGAUUGGACUGUUUUCUUCAUUCCAACCUUCUCAACUUCUCUCAAAACUUUGGGCAACUCCUCCAAAACUUCCAAUUUCUUAACUAAAUCAUUCAUGCUCUAUGUUACCGAUUAUGACGAUGAUGCUUUAGAGCUGGCUGUGGAAUACCUCCAUAUUUCCCCGAUGCUAGGUGUUUUCGUUACCAAGGACGGUAACAAAACCCCUUCAAUAUAUAUCAACUCACGCUUAUUCGGGAGUGGAGCCUUGAUGUUCUUGUUUGAAGGCAAUUUUGGCAAUAUCCUGCACACAGGAGAUUGUAGACUCACCCCAGAUUGUUUGCAAAGUCUACCAGAGAAGUACAUAGGCAGGAAAGGAAAAGAACCAAAGUCUCAUCUUGAUUAUGUUUUCUUGGACUGCACAUUUGGGAAAUCCUCUAUGAAAAUUCCCAGCAAGUAUUCUGCUGUCCGGCAGGUCAUUAAUUGUAUAUGGAAGCAUCCUAACGCCCUGGUGGUUUAUCUGACCUGUGAUCUUCUUGGUCAGGAAGAGAUACUUGUGGAAGUGUCCAAAACAUUUGGUUCCAAAAUCUUCAUUGAUAAAGACAAGAAUCCAGAAUGUUUCCAUUCUCUGACACUCACAGCGCCCGAAAUAGUCUCUGAAGAUCCAUCCUCUCGCUUUCAUGUGCUAGAAGGAUUUCCUAAGCUCUACGAAAGAGCGCAAGCUAAAUUUGCAGAGGCAGAGGCUAAUUUCCAGCCGGAGCCUCUCAUAAUCCGUGCUUCCUCCCAGUGGUUUGUGUUUGAUGAUGAGAUUUUAGAAACUGAAAGGCAGAGAAGAGGGAGAUGCAGUAGAGCAGUGAGAGAUCAGUUUGGUGUUUGGCAUAUAUGCUAUUCGAUGCACUCAUCUAGCGAAGAGUUGGAGUGGGCUAUGCAAAUUCUUGCGCCCAAACGGGUUGUGUCAACAACUCCCAAUUGCAGGGCUAUGGAGCUUGAUUAUGUGAAGAAAAAUUGUUUUGGCACACAACUUGCUUCUGAUGAUCCUUUAUGGAAGCUUCUAGACAUAAGGCUUGAAGUUGCUCCAACUGAUAAUUGUUCAGUUGUAGUGGAAGACACUAUCAAACCCUCUGUAGAGUCUCACCUGCGGCCUGUGAAAACAUCCAUUACCCAAAAACAACCCUUGACCCUCUCUCCUCCCAGCAAAAGGCCACCUGUCACGUUAUUUGGAAGGGCAAGACUUGGUAAUCCCUCGGAUUUUACUUUUCUACUUACAGAGAAUAAAAUUAAAACCACUAAAAAUGAGACUCCUCAUAGUGUUUCUGAUAAAGCAGAACCACAAUGUUCGUUCCAAGAGGAUGUUUUCGGAUUGAAACAUGAAAAAUCAUUUGAGAACAAGACAGAUAUAAAUGAAGCACAAAGUGGGAUUUCAGUGGAGAUAGAGAGGAAGUUUGAAGUGGAAUGUGAAAAUCCAUUGGAGAACAAAGUGGAGGCUAAUGAAGUCCAAUGUGAAAGGUCAGUAUUGGAGAAAGAUUCCGAAAUUCGUUUGAGUGGUUAUUCGCCGGUUGGAUCAUCACAGAGCUUUAAUGAAAGCUUUAGGAAGUUGUAUCGGUCCAUGAAUGUGCCUGUGCCUCGACCUCUUCCUUCCCUGGUGGAGCUUAUGAAGGCCAACAAACGCAAAAAGAGGGUUCAGUGUUAGUUUUGCCUCCCCCUGCAAUUUUUUUCCGAGCAUCAACUCGAUGCAAUGAUUUUACGUUCACUAACCAAAGUAUCACAAGGCUUCAUAUUCCUCACAUGUAAUGCCGAUGAAAGGAAAAGGGAUCGUGACAACUUUCAUUGAGAUACAUGAACAGAGAAUAGCAAUAAUAGUUUUCUGCAAUUAUAUGACGUGGGGGAGAGUGUUAUUCACUUGGUUGAACCGUCAAAUGAGGAUCAAAGAAGAGUAACAGGUAUUCGGCAAGCACUCUCCUAAACCAAACACCGCUGAGCUUAUUGAUAUCUUUUUCUUAUUCAUUGGUCUGCCAGAGGUAAUUGGUAUUGUGGCAAUGAUUUUUUCCCCAUUUUUUUCCUGUACCAAGAGAGGAAAUUCACAUUCAUACUCAAUAGAAGAAAAAUUGCAGACGGCCACGAAGUUCAAUUAUUGCCUUGUAAAAGUGGAAACUUCAUUGUGUGGUUUGUUUUUUGUAUGUUAUAUAUCCAAUGGCUGGGGCUUUGUAUACUUUUAGAGAGAGAAAAGACAUCCUUUUUUUUUUUAACAACUCAGGUGUUCGGACCAGUUUAUGCGCAACUCAACUCAGGUUAUGAUACGUACUCUAAUCUCUUGAUUGUGGCAAGAAUGACAAUGCUAUUGGGUUUAGGGGCAUUCUAUUUCUUGUUACAAUUUACAUGGCCUUGUUCAUUGUUGCUGGUGGUUUUUUAAUUUUUUGGUGAGGAAUAAACAGUUGGUUGGUGGUUGCUCUUGCAAUUUUGAAACUUCUGUUGUCCCCUAGAAGCAAAGGAUAAAGACUAAGAGCAUCUACAUUGUAAUAAGCAAAUGGGUAUGGAUAAACAAAUUUAACAACAAUGCUAAAAAAAUACCUCACAUUGUAAUAAGCAAAGUUACAAGUCUUUUAGCAAAUAAUCAAAUUCUAUACAUUUCAUAACCAAACUUAAUAAUUUUUACCAAUAACCAAAACUCAAUAACCAAACCGAAUAACCAAACUCAAAACUAAAAAACUAAAAAACACCUCACAUUAGAAUCGUCUUAUCGAGACGAAUAAUUUGGUGUGGUCGGGUGUGUGAUUAAAAUUCGUUUGCAAUUGGACAUAGGUACAUUGAGUAUUGUGGGGGUUUUUUUU